AUGGUGCGUCAAGAGGUCCUUCUCCUAGACAUCGCCUCCGACCCCACCCUCGUUGCGCAGUACAUCGACCACCAUGCGCCCGGCAACGUGCCUCGGCCCAUCCUCGAGUCCAUCCGCUACCCUGGCUCUGGCGUCCUCAACAUGCGCAUCUUCCAUUUCGCCGACCGGCUGGUCAUGAUAAUGGACGUGGAAGACGACUUUUCGUUCGACAAGAAGGCGGCUAGCGACGGCGGCAAUGCGGACGUCGAGAAGUGGGAGACGCUGAUGGAGCGAUUCCAACGCGAAAUCAAGGAUCCGGAAGGAAAGCAAACGGGCAAGUGGAAGAGGGCGGAAUUGUGUUUUGAUCUCAGUCAACACUUUUAA